ACAACACACUGCCUGCUGACCAGACUCUGAGGAAAAGUCCGACAGACUUUCUCGAAGCUUUUGUCGAUUCUGAUAAUUCUCCAGAGGUAAGAAUACGACAGUAAAUUGUUAAAUAGUCGGUAGUUCAGAGGCCACAUUCAACAUGUGACUGUAAAUAACAUUAUAUGCUUCAUCACAUUCAUCCACAUUGUUAAUCUAUUGACAGAAAGUGUCAAUCCUUAUUGUUUAACAGAGUCUGACAUUUUUCUUUUACUUUUCGCACUCAUUUAGUACAGACAGGAUAACAAAUAUUUCCUUUGUUUGAAUUAUGAAUGAAUAGGUUGCUGUAUUCGUCUUGCAGCGAUCAUAUCGUUGCUGUCCAUUGUCAUGCACAAAAAAAAGCGUUUGUUUACUGGAUUAAUUUCUUGAAAUCCUAUGGAGCUAGCUAUGGUCCUAUAACGAUAUCAGUUUCUAAAGCAUUGCUUUUGUUCAUCCUACCAGAUGGUUUCAAGUUAAGCAAGUUAACAAUAACGGCACUGUCAAAUUCAUAGAAACCCUCCCCAUUGCAAUCGAACCCAAAAUUGUAAAUCUACUGUCUCUGUGAAACAAAAUUUUUAAUUGUUAUUGAUCCUUUAAUGAAUCGAUUCAGUCCAAAUAGCGCACUAGUAUCUUAGAAAUAAUAAUUUAAACAAAUGUAUUAACUUCUCUAGCACCCCCAUCCUUUCCCCCCCAACAUGCACCUGUCUUUCAUGACUUGGCACAGUUUAUUAUCUUUAUAUUGUGUAGUGUUCAGUUAACAGCUAUUUGUGGAAUUUCAGGAAGUCCCUGCAGACCUGACAAUAGUGAAUCAAUAAUAUAUCCAUUGCGCUACGACUCGUCUGCAGUUAUUAACAGUGUUCCUGCUAGUUCAGUUAUAUCGUUUUAAACAUGAGCAAUGCUGCCUUCUCCUGAGUUAAGUUGACAUCAGACAAAUGCGCCGCUUUUCUCCUCAACCAAAUCAGUAAAAUUGAGCUCCGUCAUAUUGAUGCAGUUCAGCAACUCCCCUUGAUAUUAGUGCCUUGUUUCUACUUAACUAAAACUAGACGUUAACUGUAACCAACACAAGUAUGUAUUUUCUGAGAAGCCGAGUUCUGCCACAGGAUCAGUGACGUAAUUGGUAUUUUAUGUAUGCCUCUCUUUUAAAAAAAAAUGCUCACUGAUCAAGGUACUGCAUUUGUUUAGAGACCAGUCGUUUUUAACAGCAGACGUUUGUUGUCCCGAUUUAGGGAAAGAAUCUCUGUCCAUGGUGCUGAAAACAUGGAUAGUUGAUUGAGGGAAGACAGUCAUAAUGCAUAUCUGUAUACGCUCCUUACGUUAUCAGUUUAUGUUUAAGACACACGUCAUGAAAAUGUAGUGAAAACCGAAAACAAACAAUAUUGUUUUUGAAGUUAUUCUUUGAAUUUACCGUUCAUUUCUUUUCUAUGGAAUCUUCAUAUGUCUCAAUCAAUGCAACAAGCAUGUUGCAUUGAUUGAGACAUCAAUACAGCUUUCACUGUUACAUUACUGGAAAAAAAACUGAAUGAAUGAAAUUACUAUAAAUUCUAUCACGGUAGUAUACUCUACACCCACACACACACACACCAGAUCUAAUAUGCUAAAGUGUCACAUUGUGCUCUGUAUGCUGACGGGGGAUUUCAAUAUCUUGCCAUCAAGCUUUCACCCCUAUGCCUGUCAUUAUAUCAUAUGCUCUUUCUCAAACGAACACACUGUGUCGCUAUCUACCAGUUUACUCGGGACUAUUGCAAUGCUGUGUAGCACAACGUCUCCACCCAUUGUUAUUCAGCUUUGUAUUUCCAGUUAUGUUGCGGCUGUCGAACGAUCUUUGGGAUCGUGUUGCUGAUUUUUGUUUUGAAAAUUCUCCGAUCUUGUCCACCGACGUAUAAGCGAGUUGAACUAGUACCUUGAAAUAUUUCCUUUCUCCUGCGGAUAUUUGUCAUUUUCAAUGAUGGAACAAAAAGGAUUUUCAAAGCUUGGCCUGGUUACUCGUUUUGUCAUCUGUCUACUUGCGUUGCAGUCCGUAUUUGCCGAGGUGAGCGUUUCCAUCCAAGAAGAGAUGAAACCAGGAACUGUCAUUGGAAAUAUAGCCAAAGAUCUUGGUCUGGAUAUAUCUACCCUGUCAACUCGCAAGGCCCGCAUUGAUUCCGAAGGCAAUAAUGAACGAUAUUGUGUUAUCAGUUUGAAAACCGGGGAUCUAAGUGUUGCUGAGCGGCUUGACAGAGAGAGUCUUUGUGGCACUAAACCAUCUUGCAUUUUAGUCCUGGAACUUGUACUGGAGAAUCCGUUAGAAUUACAUCGUAUAAAUCUACACGUUCAAGAUAUAAAUGACAACUCUCCGCAAUUCAGAAGAGAUUUAAUUAGAAUGGAAAUAAGGGAAUCCGCUGAGAAGGGCACUCGUUUUUUAAUGGAGGAAGCACAUGACGCGGAUAUUGGCCAAAAUUCUGUUCAGAGGUACAGUUUACAAAUUAAUGCUAAUUUUAUUCUCAUGGUCGAUGCGAACAACGUUGAACUUGUUCUAGAUAACAAACUUGAUAGAGAGACACAACAUGAGAUUGAUUUGCUUUUAACAGCUCUUGAUGGUGGUUCACCACAGAGAUCAGGUACUGUAAUGAUACACGUCACUGUACUGGAUGCUAAUGAUAACGCCCCAGUGUUCAGUCAGGCCGUUUAUGAAGCCAGUCUGCCUGAAAACUCUCCUCUUGACACUGUAGUGGUCACAGUAAGUGCUAGAGAUGCAGAUGAUGGGGUGAAUGGUGACGUAACGUAUGACCUUGGUUAUGUUUCAGUGACGGAUGAAAAACUGUUUUCUAUUGACAGUAAAACUGGAGAAAUACGUGUAAUUGGUUCCACGGACUAUGAGAAGAAAAAAUCAUUUGAACUGCGAGUCAUGGCAAAAGACGGACUCGGAUUAAGUUCUUACGCCAAGGUUUUCAUAGACCUAUCUGAUGAAAAUGAUAACGCCCCUGUAAUAUAUUUAAAAUCUGUAACUAGCCCCAUACCCGAGAACGUGUCACCUGGUACAGAGGUGGGCAUC